AUGUCGCACAGUCGCAAGCCACCAUUCGAUGUCCCGCCUGGCGCGGUCGCCAAGGUCAGCAUCAUAGAUUCGACUAUGCGUCUGACCAAAUUGAGGGUGGAGCAUCUGGUUGCCCCUCCGGUAGAGGGCUUCGAUGAGUUCUCUGCGAUGCCCACUUGGUCUUUCCUAGUUGAGAGCCCGAGUGGGCAAAAGACUCUGUUCGAUCUGGGGGUUCACAAGGACCUCGGACGGUACGUGCCACGCAUAGAGGCCAACAUCAAGAAGUACGGCUGGCAGGUGGGUGUCAAGGAGCACGUUGCAGACACCCUCCAGAGCCACGGUGUGGACCCCAAGGAGAUAAACAGCGUUAUCUGGAGCCACAGUCACUUCGACCACAUCGGGGACAUGACCACAUUCCCUGCUAGUACAGAGCUGGUGGUUGGCCCCGGCUUCAAGGAAAAGUGGUAUCCAGGGUUCCCGACUCAGCCGGACGCACCGGUGAGGGAAGAGGACAUGGCCGGGCGAAGCGUGCGAGAGAUUAGCUUUGAUAAUGAGCUGAAGGCGGGGCCGUUCCCAGCGCACGAUUUCUUCGGGGACGGUUCGUUCUAUCUCCUGGAUGCGCCUGGCCACUGCCUUGCACACAUUGCGGGGCUCGCGCGGACGUCGACGAGCCCGGACACGUUUAUCAUGAUGGGAGGCGACCUGGCCCACCACAGCUCAGAGCUCAGGCCGUCAGCAUACACAGCGGUCCCAGACUCGCUGCCACAACGCAUCUCGACCCAGUCUAGCACGUCGUUCCGCGAGAUGAACGCCAGACGAGGGAGAAAGGCGGACCAGCCGUUUGUCGAGCCGGUGGCUUUUGAGGAUGAGCAUCUUUGCAUGCAGACGAUCCAGCGCGCACAGGUCGCAGACGCGCAGGACAACGUCUGGUUUGUGUUCGCGCAUGACGCGAGCCUUUUUGACUCGGUAGACCUGUUCCCUCAAGCGGCCAACGCGUGGAAGGAGAAGGGCUGGAAAGAGAAGGUCGAGUGGAAGUUCCUUGGAGAUCUUGCUUGUGCCUGUGCUGUAAGCGGGUGA